UAAUAAAACCUCUGUGAGUGAUGGAGAACGCCGACGAGUACGAUCACUUGGCGCCGAAACUACGCGGGAAGAAGGAGGGCACGUUCGCCUAUUACACUGUAAGAGACCGAUGGCCGAAGAUUGUUACUGGGCUAGUCGAUCAAUUGGCUCAAAAAAGAGCGAGCCUUAUUGAGAAAUAUGGCAGUGAAGUUGAAUCAGAUAUUGCAGCUAUUUUAGAAGUUUUUUCAAAGCUUCGAUAUGAAAUCAUGACUGACAAGCCACUUUGCAAUCUAAUGGACACCCAGUUGGAUUCUGAAAUGUGGAGAAAUUUGCUCAGCGACAUGAGAACUGCUGCAAUGCCCGACGAAGUUGAAGAUCUCACUUUUUUCAAAGGACCAUGGCUUUUUGUUGAGUGCUGGCUCUACAGAUUCAUCUGGAGCACGUUUGCAAAAACUAUUCGCCUCAGCGAAUAUGAUUAUUUCCAGGACUCGAAGCGCAAAAAUUUCCUAGAUCACCUCCCACAAAUCGAAGAGUCGGCGGCAUUUAUCAAUAAAAUCUCAGCGAAAGAUGCUCCAGUUCAUGAACUAUUCGGAAUCAACACAAUACUGAAAAUGAGCUUGUGGGGAAACCGAGCUGAUAUGUCAUUGACUGGUGGAGACGAUCAUACCUUGGCGAUGUCAUCAAUGUCGGCUUCUUCAAAACUAGCAGAUUUCGUACUUAUCGACGAUGUCAACGAUAUGAUUGUGAAGGUUCUUGGUCCAUUAAAAAUCAAUGCAAAUCACGAAACUAAUCGAAGAAUCGACAUAAUUCUCGAUAAUUCUGGAGUCGAAUUGACUGGAGACCUGAUCGUCGCCGAGUUUUUCAUCUCUCGUGGUUUUGCCGAUAAAGUUGUAAUUCAUGGAAAAGCGAUCCCGUGGUUCGUGAGUGACGUCACUAAACCUGAUCUCGAUUGGACAAUUGAACAGCUGAAAAAUGGUGAAAAUAUUGGAGAAGAGAGUCGAGCAUUGGGAGAAAAACUCGAAAAACGGAUGAAAUCGGGCCAAAUUGUGUAUCAAGACCAUCUUUUCUGGAUAUCCCCACAUGCUUAUUAUGCUAUGGAGAAGGAAGCUCGCGAUUUGUAUGAUGAUUUGAAAAAUUCGUCGUUAAUAAUCUUCAAAGGCGACUUGAAUUACCGUAAGCUUGUUGGUGAUCGGGACUGGGAUCUCGAUACUUCGUUCAAAACCGCCUGUCGUGGAUUUGCACCGUGUCCAUUUAUGGCGUUGCGUACUCUUAAAGCUGAAACUGUUGCCGGAUUGAGUGAGGAGUCCAUCGCUAUUUUAUUAGAGAAAUUCGAAGAAGACAACACGUGGAUGACUUCAGGAGAGUAUGCCGUAUGUCAACUUGGCGGGAUCUAAUCACCUUUUCUUCAAAUAUUCAACAAAAAACCCCAUUAAAUCGCAUUUUCCUCCCAGCACACCGUCGUCUCCGGCUGUUCCCUUUUUUUCUGUUUUCUUCUAAAUUAGUUUUUUUAUCACUCAUAUCAUAUUGCUCCUACUGCAACUAAUUUCAUCUUUAGGCUUUUUCAUGCACGUAGACUUUACUCAGCAACUAUUCUGUCCCAAUUCUUGUUUUUGACUUUUUUGAAGGUAGAGUAGCGAAGUUUUUUUGUUAUUUUUAAAUAUAUUACAAAAAAGGUCCCGAAUUUCGAGAAACAAGCGAAAAUUUAGCUUUAAAAAAAUUAAAAAUUCAAAUCUGAAAUUGUUCGCAAUCGUUAAGAAAUUCUGUCAUUUUUUCUAAUAUUUUUUUAGAAAUUAAAAAGAACUUCCCAAAAUACAAUUCCCUGCACUUUUCUUCUGUGUGAAUGAUCGUCUAGAUUUAGAUUCCCCCCAUUGCGCUCCUACCUCACAAUCCACCCAUCCAGAACUUCCCCCAAUCAUUUGUUGUAUUUAUUUUAGUAUUAAUAAACGCUUAUAUUUGUAAA